AUGAAUGAGGAGUUCAAAACAUGCGGAACUGCCUGCGAACCGACUUGUGAAGCUCAACCUGCUUUCUGCACAUUGCAAUGUGUUAUCGGUUGCCAGUGCAAGAAUGGAUUUGUGAGAAAUUCAAACAACGAGUGCGUUAAAAAGGAGGAUUGUAAUAAGGCAGAUCCAACAGUAGCGCCAGUACAAUCAUGCCCAGCUAAUGAAACGUUCUCCGAUUGUCAUAAUGCUUGUUCCGAACCUAAAUGCCCAACGGGCGUGGAAGUGGGUUGCUCUUGCAACCAGGGUUUUCGCAGAAAUUCUGAAGGACGAUGUGUUCUAGAGUCCGAAUGCCCACCAGUUACAAAUGAGAAUCCCUGCAACUUGACCGACUGUCCACCAGGAACGGCGUGCCAAGUACAAAACCAAAAAGCUAUCUGCAGAAAUGCUAGUCAUUCAUUAUCAUGCGCUAGCAUGCUGUGUCAAGUCGGACACUCCUGUCAGCAGAUUGACGGCCGUGCGACGUGUGUAUCAAUUGAAACGCCGAUUGAUCCAGUCCCAUCAGUUCGCCCACGGUUAACUUGCGCCAACAUCCGAUGUGGUUCAAAAGCUGGCUGCGCCAUGGUGAUGCCUUCGAAUUGUCAAGGAACUUCUUGCGAAGGACACCCAAUGUGUAUUGAUGAAAAUCCCUGUCACUACACUAAGUGCGCAGCUGGCCAAACAUGCCGUCUUCAAGAGAUUCAGUGCAUCAGAGCUCCAUGUCAAAGAGAGAAUUGUGAUCUAACUCCAUCUGCACCAGCUUGCUCCUGCGGACAUAAUGAGACAUUUUCAAGUUGCUAUAAUGCUUGCUCAGAGCCCAAAUGUGGAGAUGACAGUCUUAAAAUGUGCAAUAGAAUGUGCACACAAGGAUGCGCAUGCAAUGAAGGAUUCUACCGUAAUUUUGAUGGGAUUUGUGUUCUUCAGGAAGACUGCGAAAAGCCCACAGAGACGGAUAGUAUUUGCGCUUCGAAUGAAAUAUUCUCGAAAUGUUUCAAUUCGUGCUUGGAAAAGAAAUGCCAAGAGAACCGGGAUGAAAUAUGUUUGGAAAUGUGUUCGGAAGGAUGCACCUGCAUUGAUGGGUUCUACCGUAAUUCAAAAGGAAUCUGUGUGUCAAGAGAGGAAUGCGAUACUUUCCUUGAAACACAUUCAAAUAUCACUUGUGGAAAAAAUGAGGUGUUGUCAACGUGUCACAAUCCAUGCUCCGAACCCAAUUGUGUGUCGAAUCCUUCUCAGAUGUGCACACUAAUGUGCUUUCAAGGAUGUUCGUGCAUCGAAGGAUUCUAUCGUAACCUUGAUGGAGAAUGUGUGCAACACUCCGAAUGUCCCCAGGAUGAUGCCAUUCGGACAUGUGGAACCAAUGAAACAUUUUCAAAUUGUUACAACACUUGUGAGGAACCCAAAUGUCAGAAGUCAAAUGAAAAUGCAAUGUGUGAAAUGUGCGCACAAGGUUGCACGUGUAAUGAUGGAUUCCACCGUAGUCCAGAAGGCACUUGUGUAGCUCAUGAAGACUGUCCGCCGGUAAUGAAAUGCCCAAAAGACAACGUGUUCACCGAAUGCUAUAAUUCGUGCAGUGAAGCCAAAUGCAAAUCUGCAGAUAAGAAUGAGAGAGGAAUUAUCUGCAAAGGAACUGAAGAACACAGCAACUGUGCCCCACAAUGCGAAUACUAUUGUACUGGCAGACUUGCAUGUAGUCAGACAAACAACACCUGUACACCAGGCUGCAUAUGUCGACCAAAGUACAAGAAGGACUCAAAUGGGAUCUGUGUUCAUAAUCGGCAUUGUUUUAAGACUACAACCUGUAUAGAAAAUGAAGAAUGGUCGAAAUUGGCAACAUUUAGCUGCGCUAAUGUCCGUUGCAGCGGUGGGACGAGAUGCGUUAUGGUCGAAACUUGUCCUGGCGUUUCGAAACCAAUUUGUCUUAAAGAGAAUGCAUGGGGCACCAUAGAUUGUCCAAACGAGCAAACGUGUAAACAGCAGGAGGUGAAGUGCCUUCGAGCUCCAUGGUAA